AGGGCUUUCCAUUAGGAGCGCACUUGGCUAUCUGAAUUAAUAUCCGAUACCUCACCUCGGUCGAGAAAGCGUAGCAUAUCACAAAAGCCCGCAGUUAUUAACACCCUGUCCUUUUUACACCUUACAAUGCUCCUUUUUCAUCUUUCUUUUUGCUUUUCCGUAUACUUGACAUUUGUUGCUGUUCAAACCAUCCGGACAAGUGUCAAGAGUUAGGGAGAGUCAUGCCACAGAUGCACAGUGACUAUUCAACUCAUCCACAUCCAAGCUGAGGCUGUUCCCACUUUCAGGAGGCUUGGCCAGACUUGCCCUGGGACUGGCCUGUCUCUUCACCUGUAAUAACCCUGCUACCUCCUGACUCCUACUCUGGCUAGCGGUCUGGUGUGGAGCUCAAGCUCAGUGAGAAUACCUUUCAGUAUUCUCUUCCAGUUGGAUUGAGCCAAACUAAAACCAAACUACUCAGAUUGCAGAUUGUAUAUGAUUCACUGUCCUCUUCCCACUAUUCUACAUUUUUAAUAUGACACAGACUUGCCCUUGUACACUUUGAAGUAGGUAUUGGGAAGAUCAGAGAGAUCUACCUCAGGGCUAUGCCUAUGAUCAUGAUCCUCAGUAACCAAAUACGACUCUGACAAGUCAGACUGUCAGAGUCAACUCCACACUCCAUCAAAGAUCUUUUGUGGUCCCUAACUGUAUUUUAACUUGUGGCUUAACAUCAAGCACAAUCUCAAAAUGGAUUAUGAUUUCUGUGUUAAAUAGCAUUCCUCUGCAUACACAAUGUGUGUCUCGCUCAGUGUUUAAAACAAGAACAUAGCUUACUAUUUUUGAUGAAUCUUAAUUGCUCAUUAGAUUGAGACUUCAUCAGUCAAAUUAUAAUUUGACAUGACAGUCUUAAUGUGAUACUUAUUUGAAUUAUUUGAAUUUCUCAGGAAAGUGCUCUGAUGUCCUUGUCUUCUCUCAGCAAACAUAACUGUCUGCAGUCUGUUUAUCAGUCUACUGUUACAGUACAGGGCAGCACAGUGUAUCAAUACUGUAUAGAGAACAGAUGGUUCCUAUAGCAGACAACAUGAACAUGACCCCAGAGCCUCCGACACAGAACUGCUCCAACUGCAGCCAGGCGUUUGUCCCAGAGCUCAAUGUGAUCAAGGCUGUGGCGCUGGGACUGAUACUUGGGACCUUCAUCAUAUUUGGGGUUUUUGGGAACAUCCUGGUUAUCUUGUCGGUGGUCUGUCAUCGACACCUACGCACAGUCACACACUACUUCAUUGUCAACUUAGCGGUGGCAGACCUCCUGCUGAGCUCCAUCGUGCUGCCCUUCUCUGCCACCUUUGAGAUCUUAGGGUACUGGGUGUUCGGACGGCCAUUCUGCAACGUAUGGGCAGCGGUGGAUGUGCUGUGCUGCACAGCCUCCAUCAUGAGCCUAUGUGUGAUCUCAGUGGACCGCUACAUCGGGGUCAGCUACCCGCUGCGCUACCCAGCCAUCGUGACAGAGCGCAGGGCACUGCUAGCUCUGGUGGGCCUGUGGGCUCUGUCUGUCACAAUCUCCAUCGGCCCUCUGUUUGGCUGGAAGGAGCCGGCGCCUGAGGAUGAGUCUAUCUGUAAGAUCACAGAGGAGCCUGCCUAUGCCAUCUUCUCUGCUGUGGGCUCCUUCUACCUCCCGCUGGCCAUCAUACUGUCUAUGUACUGCAGGGUGUAUGUGGUGGCCCGCCAGGAGAGCCGGGGCCUGAGGGAGGGGCACAAAACAGACAAGUCAGACUCAGAGAGCAUCACGCUGAGGAUCCACCGCGGCAACACGGCUGUGUCUGAGGACGAGGCCCUGCGCAGCCACACACACUUCGCCCUGCGCCUCCUCAAGUUCUCCAGAGAAAAGAAGGCCGCCAAGACCCUGGGCAUUGUGGUUGGCUGCUUCGUGCUCUGCUGGCUGCCUUUCUUCCUGGUUCUGCCCAUAGGUUCCAUAUUCCCGGCAUACAGACCUUCGGACACAGUUUUCAAGAUCACCUUCUGGCUGGGCUACUUCAACAGCUGCAUCAACCCAAUCAUCUACCCCUGUUCCAACCAGGAGUUUAAGAAGGCCUUCCAGAGUAUUCUGGGAGUGCGCUGUCUGAGAGCCCAGCCAAGAGCCACUCAUCACCUAGGUCCAGGCCUCAGUCAAGCCCAGGUUCAGGGUCAUUCUCUCACUCUGAGAGUAGAUGGCAGAGGUGACCCCUCCCGUCUUAGCCCCUCCUCCUCCAUAGCCCUGUCCCGCACACCUUCCUCUAGGGAUGACAGAGAGUGGAAGAUAGAGACAGGACAGGCUAAGGUGGCCCAACUGUGCAGUAGGAGUUUGCUGAAGACCUGCUGCUGCAUCAGAGAUGGGAGCCUCAACCAGGGGCCCAGCCAUCCCCAGCCCCUUCCACACGGGGCCCUGCCCACCAUUAAGAUCCACCAGCUGUCUUUCUGUGAAAAUGGAGAGGCCGUAUAACCAGAUAUAAUGAUGGAGUAAAUCAUUUUGAAUGUCUCUGGUAUGAAUACUGUAGUUCUUCUUCUCUUAAACAAAGCAUGGUCUACCCUCAAGGUCCAGUGCUAUUAAAGGAAACUAAAGUGAAUAGUGAAUACUUUUCUAAGCCCAGUGGAGUUUACAACGAUGGAACAUUAAUAAUAGCUGGUGGAGAUGGUCGAUGAAAUUCUGAAAUAUUUGGAAUACUCUGACUGCAGAUACACAAUGACAGUGUUUAAAUUCAUGACUGUUUGUUUUUACACACUAAACCAAGGUUUUACCUCGAGAUGAUGACACUAUUUAAAGGUCCAAUGCAGCAGUUAUUAUCUACAUAUCAACUAAUUUCUGGGUAACAAUUAAGUACCUUGCUGUGAUUGUUUUAAAUUAAAAUGAUCAAAAAGUAACAUUACAUUUAGAUUUGAGUCAUUUAGCAGAUGUUCUUAAUCAGAGCGUCUUACACUAGUGAGAAACAAAAAUAGCUUCUUGGCGAAGAGCAAUUUCUCAAGCAAGAAUUUUGCUAAGGCUGUCUGGUAGUGGUCU